CCUCUCUCUGCUUCUCACUGUAAACGUAAGGGACGUCACACGUCGAGCGCCGCACAGAAAUACGUCGCUACUGGACCUCCAUCAAGGUUCUGUUCGGUACCAUUUUACCUGCUCCGGCUUUACCAACAGACUUUUCGUGUCGAGUUCACGUUACUGCAGCGUCAAGCACAUAAGGCGCGGAGUGUAUAACUAUUUGGACGAACGCCCGAGAACACUUGACUGCACCGAAAGUUGAGUCGAGAUGAGUGUGGAGGCGUACGGGCCAAGCUCCCAGACCCUCACCUUCUUGGACACCGAGGAAGCGGAGUUACUCGGAGCGGACACCCAGGGUUCCGAAUACGACUUCACCGACUUCACCCUCCCGAGCCAGACUCAAACCCAAGGCCAAACUCAGAGUCAGCUGGACGGCCAGGUUAACGGUCCUGAUGAGGGUCUCCACAACGGUGGAGUGGAAGACUCUGUGGCCAAAGCGAGCCAGCUGUUGGCGGAACUCAAUUUUGAGGAGGAUGAAGAAGACGCCUACUACACCAAGGACCUGCCCGUGCACGCUUGCAGCUAUUGUGGCAUUCAUGAUCCAGCCUGUGUAGUGUACUGCAACACUAGCAAAAAGUGGUUCUGCAAUGGACGUGGAAAUACAUCUGGCAGCCACAUAGUAAACCAUUUGGUGAGAGCCAAAUGCAAAGAGGUGACACUUCACAAAGAUGGACCCUUGGGUGAGACUGUCCUGGAGUGUUACAACUGUGGGUGCCGCAAUGUCUUCCUCUUGGGUUUCAUCCCUGCCAAGGCUGAUUCUGUCGUCGUGCUGCUCUGUAGACAGCCUUGUGCUAGCCAGAGUAGCCUGAAAGACAUCAACUGGGAUAGCUCCCAGUGGCAGCCGCUGAUCCAAGACCGCUGUUUUCUCUCAUGGCUGGUGAAAAUCCCAUCGGAGCAGGAGCAGCUGCGCGCCCGGCAGAUCACCGCCCAGCAGAUCAACAAGCUGGAGGAACUCUGGAAGGACAACCCCACUGCCACCUUGGAGGACCUGGAGAAGCCAGGGGUGGAUGAGGAGCCCCAGCAUGUGUUGCUGCGCUAUGAGGAUGCCUACCAGUACCAAAACAUUUUUGGUCCUUUGGUCAAACUGGAGGCUGACUAUGACAAGAAGCUCAAAGAGUCUCAGACCCAAGAUAAUAUAACAGUAAGAUGGGACUUGGGACUGAAUAAGAAGCGGAUUGCAUAUUUCACUCUGCCGAAGACCGAUUCAGGUGAUAUGCGCUUGAUGCAAGGUGAUGAGAUCUGCCUGCGCUACAAAGGCGACCUGGCCCCGCUGUGGAAAGGGAUUGGCCAUGUCAUCAAGGUUCCGGACAACUAUGGGGAUGAAAUUGCUAUUGAACUGCGGAGCAGUGUUGGAGCCCCUGUGGAAAUUCCCCAUAACUUCCAGGUGGACUUUGUGUGGAAGGCUACUUCCUUUGAUAGAAUGCAGAGUGCUCUGAAGACCUUUGCUGUGGAUGAGACCUCAGUGUCAGGCUACAUUUACCACAAGCUUUUGGGUCACGAAGUGGAAGAUGUUACCAUUAAGUGUCAGCUACCCAAGCGCUUCACUGCCCAGGGCCUACCUGAUCUUAAUCAUUCACAGGUGUAUGCUGUUAAGACGGUGCUGCAGAGGCCUCUCAGCCUGAUCCAGGGUCCUCCUGGCACCGGCAAGACUGUUACUUCUGCCACGAUUGUCUAUCACCUGUCACGUCAGGGCAACGGACCAGUCCUGGUAUGCGCUCCCAGCAACAUUGCAGUGGACCAGUUAACUGAGAAGAUUGACAAGACUGGGCUUAAGGUGGUCAGGCUGUGUGCUAAGAGUCGUGAGGCUAUUGAGUCACCAGUGUCUUUCCUGGCAUUGCAUAACCAGAUCAGCAAUAUGGACAGUAUGCCAGAACUUCAGAAACUUCAGCAGCUAAAGGAUGAGACUGGCGAGCUAUCUUCUGCUGAUGAGAAGCGCUAUAGAGCCUUGAAACGCACCGCUGAGAGGGAGCUGCUAAUGAAUGCAGAUGUGAUCUGCUGCACCUGUGUUGGUGCCGGGGACCCUCGCCUGGCCAAGAUGCAGUUUCGCUCCAUCCUGAUUGAUGAGAGCACCCAGGCCACUGAGCCUGAGUGCAUGGUGCCUGUUGUGCUUGGAGCAAAGCAGCUCAUCCUGGUGGGUGACCACUGCCAGCUUGGUCCUGUGGUGAUGUGUAAGAAGGCCGCCAAGGCAGGGUUGUCCCAGUCCCUGUUUGAGCGCUUGGUGGUUCUGGGGAUCCGACCAAUUCGUCUUCAGGUCCAGUACCGAAUGCAUCCAGCUCUCAGCGCCUUCCCGUCGAACAUCUUCUACGAGGGCUCCUUGCAGAAUGGAGUGACAGCAGCUGACCGCAUCAAGAAGGGCUUUGACUUCCAGUGGCCACAGCCAGACAAGCCCAUGUUCUUUUAUGUGACUCAAGGUCAGGAGGAAAUUGCGAGCUCUGGAACCUCCUACCUGAACAGGACCGAGGCUGCAAAUGUAGAGAAAAUCACCACCAGGCUGUUGAAGGCGGGUGCCAAGCCUGACCAGAUUGGGAUCAUCACCCCAUAUGAGGGUCAACGUUCCUACCUGGUCCAAUACAUGCAGUUCAGUGGCUCUCUGCACACUAAACUCUAUCAGCAAGUGGAAAUCGCAAGUGUGGAUGCCUUCCAGGGCAGAGAAAAAGACUUCAUCAUCCUGUCUUGUGUUCGUGCCAACGAGCACCAGGGCAUUGGCUUCUUGAAUGAUCCACGUCGACUUAAUGUGGCUUUGACCAGAGCCAAAUAUGGAGUGAUCAUUGUCGGGAACCCCAAGGCGCUUUCGAGGCAGCCUCUGUGGAACAACCUGCUGAACAACUACAAAGAGCAGAAGGUCCUUGUGGAGGGACCGCUCAACAACCUGAGGGAGAGCCUCAUGCAGUUCAGCAAGCCACGCAAGCUGGUCAACACUAUCAAUCCUGGCGGACGUUUCAUGAGCACUGCGAUGUAUGAUGCCCGUGAAGCUCUUAUUCCUGGUUCUGCCUACGACCGCAGCAACGCUGUCGGUCGCCCAUCCAACAUGUACUUCCAAACUCACGACCAGAUUGGGAUGAUCGGUGCGGGUCCUGGUCACAUUGCUGCGAUGAAUCUCCCUAUUCCCUUCAACCUGGUGAUGCCCCCCAUGCCUCCGCCCAGUUACUUAGGCCAAACUAACGGCCCCGCCGCAGGCCGUGGCGCUAUGAAGGGCAAUAAGCCAGGACGUGGCGGGCGCCAGAGGCCCCGUGGCUCGGCAGCCCACGGUGCCGGUCACGGACCAAACAGCCAGGCCAGCCAGGACGGGGCCUCCCAGCCCUUCUCGCAGGGGCCACUGACACAAGGCUACAUUUCAAUGAGUCAGCCUUCCCAGAUGAGCCAGCCCGGUCUCUCCCAGCCAGAACUGUCCCAGGACAGUUACUUGGGUGAUGAGUUCAAGUCCCAAAUCGACGUGGCUUUGUCCCAGGACUCGACUUACCAGGGUGAACGUGCAUACCAACAUGGUGGGGUGACCGGCCUGUCACAGUACUAGAGUGUUGCUUGAAGAAGUGAGCUAGGCUUGAGCUGAGCUUAGUUCACUAGCUUUUUAAUCUGGGAAAUAAUAAAAUCAUAAAAUGGAUACCUGUUUUCCUCUGCUACAACCGAAGCACCACCGAGUGAAAGCGACGGAAUAGCAAACCAUGACCAGCGAGAGAAAUAAGAGGGUAGAAGACGAGGGCACGGAGAGACGGGCGAGGAGGAGGCAAAAGGCCGGUGGACGGGCAGGAAGCGGGCACCGACGGCGGUGCGAGGAGGGAAGUCGACAAGAUGGCCACGUGUUGUCAGGCUGCCGAGGGAACACGCCGAUGGUCUCGAGGCUCAAACGCCAACCCAAAUGUCCAACAAACAUCUUUCACCUCGCAGAUGCCAGGAAAGACGGCGGGUGACGCUCCAGGGUUUCCGGCUGAAUUUCAAGAAUUGGUUCUCCAGACUUGCAUGAAGCAGGAUCGCACAAAGUGAUCCGAUGAGGCAAUGCAAAAAAAAAAAAAUCUUCAUCCUUAAAAUUUUCCAACUCACAAGAAGUCCGGGACUGAUCCAAAUUAGGUUGAUCUUGGGAAGAGGGUCCCAAACUCCUCAGCGGCCUCUGAAGGAAAAGCGGCAGUUGACACACAUCCGUUCGCUCCCUCCCUUUCGGAGAGGAAAGGAAACACUUUCUGUGCUUGACGCUGACGACCUGGAGACUGGAACUAAGAAACCUACCAUUUGCCUUGGGAACCACUGGCUCUUUUACAAGGUCUUCUAAUGGAGUGGUUUUGCACCACGCAUCAGUGGUGGACUGGCUGAGGGGAUUUCAGACUUUUUCCAAGGCGUGGCACACAAAUCCCAGCCAUGCCACACUCUUGAGACCAUUUUCUUCUCUGAAGUAGCUUUCUAAUCACUGAGCACAAAAUUGGAAAAAAAAAAAAGUGACUGAUUUAAUCUAACCUGACCAGCAUUGAACAGAGUCUGUUUCAGUAAAGGCUAUUGCUUUCUAUAAUCUUUCGAACGCAGCAUCGGUGACUCGUCCACACCGGAAAUCUUUGCGAAGGCUCAAAUUGGAAAACUUUGUGAAUUCAUGGAAGAGUCAACACAAACCCCUGCUUGAGGUGAAGGAGUAAACUUGUUCAUCAGUAGACACACACACAUGCACGCGAUGGGAAGAAAAGGAAGGUGGCUUGGGAAGAAAUGGACAAGGGCUACUUGUCUGCAAAUUACACGGUUGCCGUAGUGAAUCAUGCAAGGGUGAUGAUUGUCAGACAACGGACAAACUUUGAGACCAAAUCUCCAAAUGUAGAACUUUUUACAUCAGGAGUUGUAGCCAUCAAACUCCUCCUCCUAAUCUGAAGGGACCCUUAUUGAGUGAAUUCAAAUGCACUCUGAUGAACUCAACACAAGACCAUCAGCGCUGGCUGGAUGUCGAUGGCGGUUUUUGACCUUGUUUCAGUGCCUAUACAUUUGUAUAAAGAAAUGGCUGCAGCACAAGAAUGAAUGUACUGUAGUUGUCAAGUCCAAAAAAAAAACCAGCAGUGAAGCCCCUCUCAGACAUCACAGGGCUCAACUUUUAUUUUUAUACAUACAGUAUAGGAUGAGGUCAGGUGAUGAGUGAAGAAGCCACCUUCCUUCUCUGGGGUGAAAUCAAUGGAGUGUGGCAGACUUUCUUUUGCUUCUGUGGACUUUUGAUGAAUGCAACGCGGACAUGCCUAUGUUGUGGUAGUUCUUGUGGAGUUCCUUUGCUUCUUGAUUUCUAUUUGCUUUUGUUGUUUAUUUUACAAAGUCAGGUGUCUCCUUUUACUAGUUUGUAGCGACGUGUUGCCAACAGGAAUGUUUUCUUCAUUAGAUUCUCAGACUCUGCUUGUGGUUCUAGUUUGAUCAAGUAUAGGUUUAGUUAUUACCUUUCGCAGCUACUUUGUGAUUGAUCUGUUUCUAACAUGUAAUAGCUUAAAAUAUAUAAACCGCUUACAUUCUGUCAUCAGAGCCAAUGUGUUUGCAUCGUGUAAAGUGCAGUGAUCCGUUACAUUUUUGUGAUCUUUCUCAUCAGUUGUCAACAUCGAAAGGCAGCGCUUGGUCAUCCAACAGUCGGAUGUAAAUAUGAAGUGCAGUCUCAUUUCUUGUGAAGUGAUAGAAUCGAAUGCUGCCAAAAAA